AUGGAAAGUAGGAAAAGCAAGUUUUCUUGGAGAGAUUUGGAGUAUUGCGACAAGCCUGCGUCUCGAAGUGGCCCGUUGAGGAUCGUAGCCCAUAUUGAUCAGGAUGCAUUUUAUGCCCAAGUGGAAAUUGUGAGGCUAGGAAUUAAUCCAUCUACUCCUUUUGCCGUGCAACAAUGGCAAGGUCUUAUUGCUGUAAACUAUCCAGCUAGAGACGCAAACGUUUCGAGACAUGAAACCAUCACAGAAGCCAAGAAAAAAUGUCCUGAACUUCAAGUUGCACACGUAAAAACUUGGAAGGCGGGUGAUACAGAAGCCAAGUACCAUGAAAACCCAGACCCAAAUAAUUUUAAAGCUUGCUUGGAUCCGUACAGGCAUGAAAGUGUCAAGAUUUUAAACAUCAUAAAAAACCAUGCGCCUAUCGUGAAGAAGGCUAGUAUUGAUGAAUGCUUUAUAGAACUUACGGGUGAGGUAAAGAGACUUGUUUUGGAGGAAUACCCAUUUUUAAAAGCAUCACCAGACAAUCUGGAAACAUCCCUUCCCGCAGCUCCAGUGCUUCUAUGGACGCAUGAUUAUGGAAUAUUGAUUGAUCGAAACGGAGGCGAUGCUGGUGAAGAAUAUGAACAGGACUGGGAUGAUGUCUUUCUUUAUUAUGCAGCGAGAAUAGUGAAAGCAAUCCGCGAUGAUAUUUUCGAAUCGCUGCAUUAUACAUGUUCCGCUGGUGUUUCUUUCAACCCAAUGCUUGCAAAGCUGGUUAGCUCUCGAAAUAAACCAAACAAACAAGCAGUUUUAUGUCGCAGCGGUAUAAAGGAAUAUCUCGGAUCGCUAAGCAUUACCGAUAUAAGAAUGUUGGGCGGCAAGUUUGGAGAGGAAGUGGUUCGAGUACUUGGUACUGAUUCCAUUUCUGAUGUGUGGUCCAUGCAGCUUGACAAUGUUAUGGGCAAACUUGGCCAGGUGAACGGUAGGCUUGUCUGGAAUAUGUGUCAUGGCCUUGAUGAUACAGAAAUCACAACCCAGAUACAAAUAAAAUCCAUGCUAUCUGCAAAAAAUUUCAGCCAAAAUAAACUGAAGGAUGAACAUGCAGUUAUCAACUGGUUUCGUGUGUUUGGCUCCGAUUUACAUUCCAGAUUCAUGGAAGUAGAGGGCUUGCGAAGGCCUAAAACUUUGUGUCUCCAUGUUCUAACUGGUUCUCUUCGUAAAUCAAGAUCAACCCAAAUUCCUUUGGAUGCUGAUAUUACAGUGGAUUAUAUCGCGAGUCAUUGCCUAAAGCUUCUUCGACAGCUUCAAGAUGAGUACGAUGUAUACCCAAUUGCCCAUCUAUCAGUCAGUUUUCAAAAUAUAGUAGAAAAUGAUAAGAGCUCAAGAGGCAUAGAGUCUUUUCUACGUCCUAGCAAGGUGAUUCCCAAAUCGACAGCUACUUUAGAUAACAGUUCAAAGCUUCAUUCGGAUGAUAACAGUAAACCUCAACCGCAAUGUCCGUCUGAAGAAAUCCCAGAAGAAGCAUCUCCAAAAAAGAAAAGAAGCGUUUUUGGAAUGUUCAAGGAUAUUUCGGAUAGUCCAAGUCCUACUAUUCAGCAGUCAUAUACAUGCGAUGAAUGUGGACAUUCCAUUCCUAUUACUCAGAAUGGAGAACACGACGAUUAUCAUUUUGCUAUCAAUUUAUCUCGUAAAGAAAGAUUAUUUGAACCGCAGCCAUCUUCUGCUUCUAGUACAGAUAAGCCAACAGUUACCGCAAAAAGCAGGACAUACGGACGCAGGACUGGUAGUAAACAUUAUAUUGCACCAGUAGGUAGUCCAUCACCGAAAAGGGCCUUCCUUGACGCUUUUUUUACUUCGAAUCAAAGCACGUCGUCUUCAUCUGCCUUGCGUAAAAAGAACAAUCCAGUUAGCUCUUCAGGUUCUUCAAGCGCUACCCAGAUGCAUUUGGACCUAGGGUCAACUACUGUUACAUGCCCAGAAUGUCUCAUGGAAUACAAUAAAGCAAGUGAAGAAGACGUGGAUUUGCAUUCACGAUUUCAUUCUCGUACGUUAGGUGGUAUAAGUCUAUGUAUGCAAACAGAACCGAUUAAACGACUUAGCUAUUCUGUCAAUGGUGAUUCAAUCUACAUGAUUACAGCUGAAAGUUCAUUGUUGGACCAGAAAAAAGCCGAGGAGGCUUUAAACUUUGUAAAUGAAGAACUUUCUGGUGAACCCAUGGAAACUAUUGGUAUUGAUAAAUAUUCCAUUUUCUUGUUCAUGUCUGGGAGAAAAUGCCUUGGGCUUUUGUUAGCAGAGCGUAUAAAUUCCGCAUACGUGAUAAGUGAAAAAGAAGACGAAAAAACAUUUUUUUCGUCCGCUGUGUAUAUUAAAGAGAACAAAUUGCAGCGUGGAUUUCUUCUUGGUGUCUCAAGGAUUUGGGUUACUCCAUCACGUCGAAAACAAGGAAUUGCUCGCGCACUAUUAGAUUGCGCGACAUCUUAUUUUAUUUAUGGGUAUAAAAUUUCCAACAAGGAAAUUGCUUUUACUCAACCAAGUGAAAGCGGAAAACGAUUUAUUCUAUCCUGGAGUCGAGCUUUUCAAGAAGGCAAAGCAAGUGUACAAUAUGCUGUUUAUGAAAACUAA